GUGACAGGUCAGCAUCUGCUCUGGUGACCACCUGUCUGAUGUUUGGCUGACUUUUAGUCAGCUCUCAGUGAGUUUACAGCCAUGGUUUAUUUUGAUGCUUUCGCGGAAACCUUUAUGUUGCUGGAAGAAGUAUGAUAGAAAAUGUUAAAUCUGUUACUUAUGAGUGAUGUGCAAUGGGUAGUAUAGGGUGUCCUGCUGUUUCUAAUCAAUAUCUAACUAUAUAAAAUGUGUUCUGUCCUCAUAAUAAUCUAAACACUCUAGUCUUGCAGAACCUACACUAUUAAUGAAACAUAAACAAUACUGAUAUUCUAACAUUAUUUAUUUGUAUUAUAUUGAAAAUUAUUGCAUAAUGAGGCCAUCUGCAUUCUAUUGAUGAUCUAGGAUGAUGAUCUAGGAUGCUUAGUAUUAUAAAACAUAGAAGAGAUGCUUAACUUUAGGGUUUUUUUUCCAUUUAAAAGAAACAAAUGCAUUCAAUUUUGACUCUUCAUAGACUUAAAAAUAAACACCCUUUAGCUACAUCACACAUUGCCUCUAGAACCAAAACCCGCUGAACGUGUUACUGAGUCAGUUUUUUGCAAAAUUAGAUUGUCAGCUUGCAUCACUACAGUGUUUUCUGUCUUCACUAGAUGCAAAUCAGAUGGAGUAGAUUUUCUAUGCCACUCCAUGUUAGUCCUACAGGUUUAGACUGGAACAAUGACUUCUAUCAGAUCAGACACCUGACACGUUAUCUCUCAGCUCAGCUUUCCUGCAGCAGGCCCAGGGGAGAAAGAGGAUAGGGAGGGCUACUUUGUGUGUUCCUGACAGAAAAAGUGAAAGGCAUCAUCCCUGGAGACAAAAAGCCAGAUGAUUAUUAUGCUCAGCUACAGGGCAGUUUUCCACAGAAACUUUUUUUGACAGAGAAACCCAUCAGCUGCUUCGACUUUGAAACUGGCUGCUCAGACAAAACCAGGAUAUGGAAAUCACAAAAGAGAGAUGCCUGCUGGACCUUUGCCUCUGGCUCAUAAUUCUGCAGCAGACGGCAGCAGUUCUGAAAUCAUUCAGCUCAGAAAAAUUAACGGCUCCUCUGCAGAGACGCCGAGCUACCAGCACCUCCACCGGGAGCUGUUAAUCAGCCACAAACGAGGCCUGCUGCUGGAGGAGAAACCAGAGCUGAAGCGGGUUCUGGAGCAGCGCAGACUGGAGCUGCACAAGGAGGAGGAGAUGGCACAACGACGGCCCUCUGAUCUGGAGAUGGAGCUCCGCAAGAGACAGCAAAAGCUGCAAGAGUACGAGCAGGAGCAGAUAAGACAGCGGGAAAACCAGAAUAAGAUCCCAGAGUUUGUCCGCGUCAGAGAAAACCUGAGGCGCACACAAACAUUUGAGCAGCCCUGAUCUGCUCCCAUCAGCCAGUGCAACCUCUCACCACUGUGGCCCUGGAAACCUUUUAUGCUCACUGCCUACUGAGAUACAAUAACAAACAUUAUACCAGAGACACCAGCAUAAUUUAAUAUUUGCUUAUCUACUAUUAAUCUUUCUUUAAAAUUAAUAUAUGGAGGCUAAAACUUUGUCCAUCUAUAAAAACCGUUUUCUUUAAACUCAUUCAUGGUUUUGUUUCUGGGAGUGGUUUCUGAGGGUGUGAAGAGCUCAGUUGUUUGUUUUUUUUACUAAAACCUGUGGAUUAUUAAUGGCUGAGUGAAGGCAACAAUGUUCUGAUGCCGAAUGUUUUUUUUAAAUGUUUUCUAUGCUUAUUAUUCUGUUUGUUCCAAUAUCAGAUUUCUGUGUUUCAGUUAGAAAACCAUCAUAUCAUGUAUAUCAGAUCCUCUGUAAUGUAAGUACUAACAUAAACAUUUUCAACAGCUCUGUUUUGUAUUAGUAAGCCCCCCCUCCCCGUCUGUGUGUGUAUGUGCUGUGGAAAUAAAAGGGUUUUUGGUUUGGA